ACCGCAUCAGUUCGUCUGCGAGAAUAAGAAGAAAAAGGGAUCGGUCUGGCAGCGAUACGAGAAUUGAAAAAUGAAAUUUCAAUUUUAUCGAUAUUUGAAGUUGUAGAAAAAUACAAAUAUUAAAAUUUGGAUCCAGUGCAUUCUUGAAGAAGAAACCAAAAGUGAUUCUGCGGGGCUAUGCGCUGGCCGGAAAAUUUUCGAUCAUUAGCAUCAGUCGUCACGAAGAAGCACGAGAAGUGAACAACCACAACGAGCAGUUUUGUUUUUCUUUGACGGUUGAUUGAACGACAGUGAAUUCUGAUUUAACAAUUCUGGUGUAAAGACGUACAGCUUCUUCUCGAAAUCUCCAGCGGCAACAAUGACCGAAUACAAACUGGUAGUAGUCGGUGCUGGAGGUGUCGGAAAAUCGGCCCUAACGAUACAACUCAUACAGAACCACUUUGUAGACGAAUAUGAUCCCACAAUCGAAGAUUCCUACCGAAAGCAGGUUGUAAUUGAUGGUGAGACUUGUUUACUGGACAUCCUGGACACGGCAGGUCAAGAAGAAUACUCAGCCAUGCGAGAUCAGUAUAUGCGAACCGGUGAAGGCUUCCUACUCGUUUUCGCGGUAAACAGUGCCAAAAGUUUCGAAGACAUUGGAACCUAUAGAGAACAGAUUAAACGAGUCAAAGACGCGGAGGAAGUUCCCAUGGUAUUGGUCGGCAACAAAUGCGAUCUUCAGGCAUGGGCUGUGGAUAUGAAUCAGGCGAGAGAUGUGGCCAAACAGUACGGUGUGCCAUUCGUUGAAACGUCCGCUAAAACCAGAAUGGGAGUCGAUGAUGCCUUUUACACACUUGUUCGAGAAAUUCGCAAAGAUAAGGAGAGAGGGAAAAAGAACCGGAAGCACAAUAAGCUUGGUUCAACUCAUCGCUUCAAAUGUCGGCUAUUGUAAUCGGUGUUUUUAAAUUAAAGAAUGAGAAUCGAGUGCUGCCCUUCUCCAUUAUUUUCUACCCGAAGGAACGCAAGGGACAAUGUGAUCCCUUCGACGACCGCACAAAUCAACACUCAAAUGGUGUUGUUACCGUUUCGUUAAGUCGAUCAGCAAGUAACAGAAGAAGAAAUAGUAAGACAAGGCCUCGUAAUCCGGGCUGUAGGGAAACAGUGAGCAGGUUAUAGAUAUGUUUAACGUACAAUGUCAACCACAGACAAAUUCACUAACUACUUUUCUGUAACAUCGAUAAGGUAUAAAGUAUAAGAUGUAAAAAAAACACUAAAAUCAUACAACUAUUGAACGUAAAUUAACCGAUGAUCUUCAACUAAGCUAACUGACUACAGUCCGGUUGAGUACGGAAAUAAGUAACUAAAUCGUCAGCAUUAACCAGCAUAUAAUUCUACGUAAAACUGUCACUUUACAAAACAUACGUUUAAGUGAACGAGUAAACCUAGAAAAAACAAGCAAGACAAGUCGAUCAAUAAGAUGGUAACUGAUAGCUUUAGAAAGGUAACAUCCAUGAUAACCGUUACACACUGUAUUCCUAAGUUUUUUUUAAUCAAUUACAUUUGAUUUUAUCCAGUAGUUUCAUGAAAAAUUUUAAUUAUUUUGUUGUAGCACAUGAGUUUUUUUUUUGGUUUGAUUACAUAAAAACUUGUGGUACAACAAUCGUGCUAAAUUUUUGAAGCUCAAAUUGUUCACAAUUUUCAACAACUUCAACCAGGUAAUGUAGUGAAAACUUAUAAGAUCGUCCAUAAACAUCCGCCUUGUAAAUUCACUUGGUGUACUUACGUCGUUUUGCACCAUUUCGAUUUACAUAAGAUCGUAGGGUAUUUGGUAUAAUAUCAAAUUAGACAUUUGGUCUAGCAUAAUAAUUUUGUACUUUUUCGUUCGACCAACACUGUAAUAUGCAAAAUAAUCGGAGCUCCGAACGCUAGGCUUAUUUUCGUGGUCGAGAUUCGAUAAGAUUUAUUUUGAUUUUCUCCUGCUUCUCGAGAUGAAUGAAUAUGCAGUUGGAAGUCGUCGUUUUGCCAAAAAUAAAGAAGCCUUCGGAAGGAUCACAUGGAAAUGUUUCGUUUCGCAGAAUUGAGCGGAGCAGAAAAUGGUUCGAAAUUUGCGAAACAAGCUUCUACCUAAUUGAGAAACUUUAAAUUACAGAAAGUUUACAAAGUAGGCUUCUCAGAACUAUUUGAAAUAGCAAAAUGUAUAACCCUUCCGACUUCAAAUUAAGGCAAACCUCUAAAUAUCGACCGUUCUAGCUCAACAUUUUUGUAUAGAUCAAUAAAACUUUUGGCUUGGAACUUAGCUUUUAAACAAAACUUUUUUUAUUUUCAUCUGGAAAAUGUAAAUUGACGGUUCUUUUUGUCAGUCUAGUACGCUAUUGUAAGAACACUCUUUGAACAACGCAGCGGGGUGUGUUCGAAUAAUUUUUGCCUGGACUUUUUCCCUUCAAGACUCCUGCUUAUUAUUCUCGAAAUACAUUUUCUUGUCACUUUUCAACAAAUUUUGGCAGUGUAUAUUAUGAACAGCCACAUAAAAGCUGAAUAUUUGUUUGAUAUUUUAACAUCUUUUCUGCAACCACUUCAACUGUGAUUGUAAAACAGUAAUUAUUAAAAGUAUAUUCACAUGCCAAUUCUUAACGAUACUAAAACAGAAUGCGACACCGGGAUGAAAAAUACUGUGCGGAAGUAUUUCAAAUGUAGAGUAUCAAGCUUUAAAAUGAUUGUGAAUUUGUUACAGCAGCUAAUAAUGUGAAAGCAACCAAAUAAAUCAAAAUGAUUAAUUAAAACUGUCAUUAUGGUUGGAGUAGUUUUGAGCAUUGCCAAUUGGAUCUAGUAUUCUGUGAAACAAAUCAGAUAUCGAAAUUCGAAGAGAAGUUAAAAUUCGCAACAUCCAAAUCACAUUGUUCCGGUAUUUUCCUUCACUAAAACUCCCUCAUACUCGAAGAAUAAUUUCACACUGUAUUUUACAUCCCAGGAAAAUUAGUUAAACUAGUAUAAAUAUUCAACAGUAAUAACACUUUCAUAAAACAAACCACACGUUUUUUUAUGACAAUGCGCUAACUAUUCAAAAAGUUGCGUGUCAAGAAUCAGAUCUAGUUAUGUGCUAGGUAAAAUAAAAAUGCUAAUGUUUGAAAGGUGGUUAGGAAAGAUAGAAGGCGGUAGGCAAGUGUAAAGCAGAACCACAGAAAGCAUGAAAAAAAUAGACGAAGCAGGUAUAUUUUAAGAGUACAGAAAAAACUAGAACCUGUAAUCAGAUUCGAUAACACUGUUUAGUAAUGAUAAGCUACUACAUAAUGAAACAGUAUAACAUGAAGCAUG